UGGACGUGGCAAAGAAUUGAUGCGCCCUUUUAGCUGACUUCGCUCAUAUUAAAAACGGGCGAUUUGUUGCGCCCCGACCGACACCGAAUCAAAUAUUUGCUCGAAAAUACUGGGGAAAAUAUUCCGACUCUUGCAGCGUUUGUGAACGAUGCCUCGAAGAAAGCGGACCGCCGGCAGCAGCUCGGACGGAACGGAGGACUCGGAUUUUUCCGCCGACCUCGAGCAAGCCGAAACUGCCGAGAGCGCGCGUCGGCGCACGAGCGCGCGCCUCACCCGCACGUCACUGCGCCUCAGCCAGAAUUCGCGAGACAGCUGCACUUCUCCUGCAGCUGUGAGUCCUGAGGAAGCUCCUGAUGUAGCAGCAGAAGCAGCUGCGUCUGUCUUCACUUCCGGGCGCAGGGUCACCCGCAGCCAGCAGGGGGCAGCAAACACCGCAGCCAAAAAGUACCCACUGCGCCAAAGCAGGUCGUCCGGUUCUGACACUGAAACUAACGGCCUGAAGCGGUCAGGGGACCACGACGAGUCCCCUCCACGCACCCCCACAGGAAACGCCCAUUCCUCCGAGUCGGACAUCGACCUCUCCAGCCCGGGCAACGACCACGCGCCGUCCAUCAACGACAUCAUCGUUUCGCAGGAAGAGGACGAGCGCCUGGCCAAGGAGCUGUCGCUGAAAGAGGCGGCGGAGCACGACCUCUCACACCGGCCCAAACGGCGGCGCUUCCACGAGAGCUACAACUUCAACAUGAAGUGCCCCACGCCGGGGUGCAACUCUCUGGGUCACCUGACUGGGAGACACGAGAGACAUUUCUCCAUAUCAGGCUGUCCUCUCUACCACAACCUGUCUGUGGACGAGUGCAAGGGCAAAGCCUCGACGCGUGACAAACAGGCAAGCGAGGAGCGGACGCUGUCGCACCGCCAGGACGAGAACAGACACUCCACCAGGAGCCAGGCGCCCUCGGAACGCCAGCUCAACUACAAGGAGAAGGUGAGCGACCUGCGGAGGAAGAGGAACACCGGCCUCAACAAGGAGCAGAAGGAAAAGCACAUGGUGAGCCGGCGCCAGAGCGCUUUGGUCUGCCACUGUUGGCCAGCUGAUCAGUGGUGGUGGGUGCGUCUCCUCUGGCAGGAUCACCGGCAGACCCACGGGAGCAGCCGCGAGCCGCUGCUGGAGAACAUCACCAGCGACUACGACCUGGAGCUGUUCAGGAAAGCGCAGGCACGUGCCUCGGAAGACCUUGAGAAGCUGCGUCUGGCCGGUCAGGUGUCCGAGGGCAGCAACAUGAUCAAGACCAUCGUGUUCGGCCGCUAUGAACUGGACACGUGGUACCACUCGCCGUAUCCGGAGGAGUACGCCCGGCUCGGGAGGCUCUACAUGUGCGAGUUCUGCCUCAAGUACAUGAAGAGCCAGACCAUCCUGCGGCGCCACAUGGCCAAGUGUGUGUGGAAGCACCCCCCUGGGGAUGAAAUCUACCGGAAGACCAACAUCUCCGUGUUUGAGGUGGACGGAAAGAAGAACAAGAUCUACUGCCAGAACCUGUGCCUGCUGGCCAAACUCUUCCUGGACCACAAGACUCUCUACUACGACGUGGAGCCCUUUCUGUUCUACGUCAUGACAGAAGCCGACAACACGGGCUGCCAUCUGGUGGGCUACUUCUCCAAGGAGAAGAACUCCUUCCUGAACUACAACGUGUCCUGCAUCCUCACCAUGCCUCAGUACAUGAGGCAGGGCUUCGGCAAGAUGCUCAUCGACUUCAGCUACCUGCUGUCCAAGGUGGAGGAGAAGGUGGGCUCCCCGGAGCGCCCCCUGUCUGACCUGGGCCUCAUCAGCUACCGCAGCUACUGGAAGGAGGUUCUGCUCAGAUACCUGAACGACUUCCAGGGGAAGGAGAUCUCCAUCAAAGAGAUCAGCCAAGAGACGGCGGUCAACCCGGUGGACAUCGUCAGCACGCUGCAGUCGCUGCAGAUGCUGAAGUACUGGAAGGGAAAACAUCUGGUUCUGAAGAGACAGGAUCUCAUCGAUGACUGGAAGGCCAAGGAGAGCAGACGCGGCAACAACAAGACCAUCGACCCCACCGCCUUAAAGUGGACGCCACCUAAAGGGACGUAGAGGAACUGCGCAGACGCUCAACACACCUGGUCCUGGUCUUCACACUGGCAUGAGCGCACAGACACACACACAAAAAGGCACACUCCAUGUCGAUGAGCUUCACCGCUGUCCCAACACUGAUCUGAGUUCAGCAGUCAAGGCCAGAGUCACAGCAGUGGCAUCAUCAUGCUGAGGUGGCUUAGCUCUGCCCACAAUCAAGGACACGCCCACUUUAAAGUCCUUGACUGAAAAAAGAUUUUUAAAAUGUAAUGUCACAAAAAUGUACGAAUUUUGUUUUAUUUAUUUUAGUCAGACAAAAUGAAAAGAAUAUUUUUAACGUUUCACAGCGUCUUGUGAGUUCAAAUUCUGUUUCAGAAGUUAAAAAAGUUGAUGGAAAUGACACAAGAUCAUAUUCCACCACGGUUUUGUUGUUCAACUUUUUUUUCAUUUAUAACUUUGUUCCACCAAAGUCGGUUCAGUGGCACUGGUUUUCUUGGACCCCAUCACAAAUCUGAUCCCCAACCAGGCCUGAGCCGAGUCGGUGUGGACACACACACACACACCAGCUGGCUCUGAGGCAACAAAGGUUUGGCCUGGGAACUGCAGUUUCUAAAAAUACUGUAGCUGAAAUUCUCAUCUGAACUGUGACUGAAACUGAGAAUAUUCCAUUUAAAUUAUGUUGGAAAAAAAUGAAAUGAAAUGUUGUCCCUAUACGUUGAUUGUGCUGAGACUCUCUGUCUCCAGCCAGGAGAUAUGGCGACACACACUCAUGCGGAGACACAUGAACUAGAAUCAUACCCCGAGUCAAGCAACAAAACUCGUGAGUAUGAGCUCAUUAACUCCAGAAAGACUCACUCCAGGAUUCGUGCAUCUCACUCUGCGUCCUCUUGGAGCACAUUUGUCGGACUCGUUCAGUCAAGGCGGCGAGUCACAAACAUGUCUCCCUGCUGUCCGACUCACACAGGACCCACCCAGAACUUUCUUGUGGCACAGUCAAUCAUGUGAGAGCCAACUCUGAUCCUGGACCAGUCCGAUGUUCCUCAGUCUGUCCUGCAUGAGCCAGGACCGGUCCACUCAGCUGAGCGUCCUGUUUGCCCUGGCUCUGACUGUCUGUACAAUCUAAACACACAGAUAUUCCCCGGAGAGUCAAAGCUGCCGCCGGCCUUGUUAGAGUCCAAAAGGGAUCCGUUUCAAUCCUUGUGUUUUUGUGUUUUAUAUCGCCUGUAUUUGUGUCCCCCCAGCCCCCCCCCAAAAAAAGUUGCCCGCGACGCUGCGCAGGCUCUGUCGUUGGAACAUGUCUUUUGUAUUUUUUAUUUCUACCUCUAAGGUCGUGACCCGUUCAGAGUUGAAAUUGUGCUCUCUCCAAACAACACACCAGGCUUCCUCCGUUGUGUUUGCAGCCGGGGUGUGAGCAUGGUGACGAUGCUGCCUUGCUAACACUGUAUCACUGCGACACUGGCGAAGCUACAGUUUCAUUUGAGGAGCUUGCGCUUUGUGUCACUAACGCUCAUUUAUAUUCAAUCACUUCAUCCGCUGCGUAAAAAAAAGCAUUUUAACUAGUCGUCUUCUGUGUGAAUAGAGAUAUUUAUCGGACUUGUGUCACGGUUCGGUGUUGAUACAUUAGUUCAGACAGUUUGACAGGAAACAGCUGAGAACUGAAGCGCACAAACACAGAACUGGACGGGUGGUGGCGCUGCUUUUCACACUCCCCUCAUGUCUACUCACACUCCUCAGUUUUGUCCUGGUGAGCGUCACCCUGCAAGGGUUCAAAUCCCGGGCACAAGUUACAUUUCAGCUCCGCUUGUUUACUGGUUAGCGUCCAACAUUUCAAGCCGUUUCGCCUGAGACAACGUGGCCUUCUUCUCACCUUUGUUUGUAGCAGAGUUUUUCUAUAUUUUCAAAGCCUUUGUUUAAUUUAUCGCUGUCUUUGUGUUGGAAUCAUUUUCUAAUCUUGCGUUGUGUGUUGCCGCACCGACUGGUAGAAUGGAAAUAAAUGAACUCACUUGAUGAUCGGACUGAUUUGAUUCACUUGCGAAAGUCGCAUGAUAUGGUCACCAGCGAGGAUCAGAGGUGGUUCAAUACCUGUGAUAAACAGUGCGUUAAACUCCAUUUUGAAUUGAAAGUUAAAUUUGAUUUGCUUAUUUUAUUUGAUAUUAACUAUAUUUAGAAUUUAAAAUGUGGGUUUUUAUAAGUUUAAAGAUGGUUCUGGAAAUGGCUGAAGACAAAGUCAACAUAGCAACAAUGACGCUGUCAAUUGAAGAGCAGGUCUGUGCAGGUAGCGAUUGAUUCGUCACCUGAACACACACAUCCAUCCAUGUCAGCAGUCUGUUGAAGCGUCACCAGAGCUUUGUGGUGAUCACGACAAUGAGGUUCACCACAGCAACACUGGAGUCUGGCAGAAGCUUGUGAGGAUCAGCUGUUAACAAGGAUAGUCUG